GGAUGUGACUCCGUAGUUGUGCUGAGGAGUGGGGACUCCACCCCUCAUGCUCAUCCUCAAGACAAAAAUCAGGUGCACACCGUGAACGGAGUUCAGACGCCGUCUUGUCACGCAAGUUCCCACUAAUACAGCGGGUUUAAACCAUCAUUUGUGGGGCAAAAACAUCACCGUUUUUGCCGAUGGAGGCCUUUUAAUAUCUUUCUGACUGCAAGGUGGCCUGAAGAAAAUUAACCAAUAUGAGCUGGGGGGCGUUGUAUGCCCAGCUGGGCGGCGUGAACAAGCACUCCACCAGCCUUGGCAAGAUAUGGCUGUCCGUCCUCUUCAUCUUCCGCAUCACCAUCCUGGUGCUGGCCGCCGAGAGCGUCUGGGGAGACGAGCAGGCGGACUUCACCUGCAACACGCAGCAGCCCGGCUGCAAGAACGUGUGCUACGACCACUUCUUCCCCGUCUCGCACAUACGCCUCUGGUGCCUGCAGCUGAUCUUCGUGUCCACGCCGGCGCUGCUGGUGGCCAUGCACGUAACCUACCGCAAGCGCGGCGUCAAGAAGGACCUCAUGGCCGCGCGGGGAGACAAAGCCAACGAGGGCGACCUGGAGAGCCUGAAGAGGAGGAGGCUGCCCAUCACUGGCCCCCUCUGGUGGACGUACACCAGCAGCUUGUUCUUCCGUCUGAUCUUUGAGGCCGGCUUCAUGUACGCCCUCUACUUUCUCUACGAUGGCUUCCACAUGCCCAGGCUGGUGAAGUGCGAGCAGUGGCCCUGUCCCAACAAGGUGGACUGCUUCAUCUCGCGCCCCACGGAGAAGACCGUGUUCACCAUCUUCAUGGUGGGCUCCUCGUCCAUCUGCAUAGUGCUUAACGUGGCGGAGCUGGGCUAUCUGAUCGUCAAGGCCCUGAUGAGGUGCUCGGCACGCAUGGCACGGAAGAAGCACGCCUACACUCACCCAGAAAAUGCAUCCAAAGACAAGGCUUACUUGCAGAACAAAAAGAAUGAGAUGUUACUGUCAUCCUCCACUGACUCCAGCACUGGCAAGGCGGUCUAAGCCCUAGCAACGUGACCUUUGCCCCUGAAGUAUAGGCCACCAAGGAUUACAUGAAAGUAUUCAGUAUUUUAAUAUUUUGGAGGUUUUCUUUUUGUUGUUUUUGUAAAUUUUAUUUCCCAUUCAUAUUUGAAUUUACAAAGUGCCAGAUUUGGGAAGGCCACAUGAAAGUUUAAUCAACUUUGUUACUUUUAGCUUCAUCUUCUGUGUAGAUGGAGUGCAUGUAUUUAGACAAGCAAUGAAUGUGGUUAUGUGGUUUACAUGAAUGAAAUGAAGGUAAUUUGUAUAAUAAGCCACCCCACCCCCCUUACCCAAGUUACAUGAGCCUACAAGCAGGCAUGUGCAAUGGACUUGCAGUGGCAUCUAGUGGUAAAUAUCAGACAUUAUCAUUUUACAACAGUUGAGUGUUCUUGUUAGAGAAGGUCCAAUGCCAACUGACUUAAGACGUUGUCAUAGAAAAACGAAGCUUCUUUCCAUCAUUUGAUGUGUGUUGCAUACUGAAAUGCAUAAAUAGUCUGCCUUAGAGUUUGCCAGGAACAUUUUAAAGAUAUACAUCAGUUUCUUGGGCAUGAUGUGUUCUGUUAAGGUUUUAGUUGUUCAAGAUAUCCUUCAAAGACUUUGCCAGUUCUGUCAUUUAUUUGAGACUAAUUCCAAAGAAGUAUUUAGUUUCAUUAAUAAACUAAAAUGUGGCAUUAGUGCAUGUGUUAAAUGCAGUUCGUAUGUGCCAUAGCCUUAAAAUAAUGAAGACUGAGAUCUCCAUUCCAGCUUUUAUUGCAGAAGAUGGAAAACAUUCCAAAAUAUAGACAAGUUAUUACAUCAGGUGAAGCUGGCCACAUCUUAGUAAUUCGAGUGAGUUCCAUCAGUUUUAACAACUUAACAUAUCUAGUUUGCAGUCUUAAGGCGAGAGGUCAGAAAUGUCAAAGACGUAUCAUCUGUGAGUUAAGGUAUACCAUGCUCAACCGUUUAUUUUAGCGCUGGACUUGCUUUUCUGCACGCUACCAUGUGUGUUUCCUUGAGCGCUUGUCACAACUCUGAAUAGGCCAUGGAAAUGCAUGACUGGAAUUAACCCUGCACUAUGCUACAUACACAAUGGAAAUUAUUCUCCCGCCACCCAAAGUCUUAAUAGUGACACCUGUGGUGGGAACCGAUGAUUUGAUCACGUAAGCUAUCAUUUAUGUCUUCUGUUAUUGCGAGCAAUUGCUUGCUCGUUUUACAACCGUUUAGCCUACUCCAGUAGGAGGGACUUUUAUUUCGUUUUAUUCAUUUUUCUUUAAAUGAUUAUCCAUUGUAUCAUCUGGAAAAAGGUAGGCCCACAUUGGGUUUACACAAAUACUGAGACUGUCAUACAUUUGUAGCGUAGCUUAUAGAGAGAAACAAUCAAAUCCCAUUACAUUUUAAAAUCAGAAUGCAUUGAUGACUUAUAAAUGAAGGAGGCCAGGACGUUUUGUAUGUAUGACUGUUAGUUGCACUGCAUUUUAAUCUGCAUUUCGCUCUGCCAUAGAAUCAUGUCUACAAUUAAAAGAGAAAGAAGAACUAAA